CGGAAGUGCUCCAGGCUGCCCCUGAUCCUGCCUCCUCGGGAGUAAGCACCACUCACUGCAGUGCAUUGGCUUGUGCAGAAGAGACAGCGGCCGGGGCAGUGUUCUAAGAUGGAACCCAACAGAAAGCCUCCCCUUCAGGGUACCUUUGACUGCGAGCUCUGUGGGUUGCAUGUCCCAUACAGCUACUAUGGAAAUAAACCUCCGAAUGCCUACUCCGUUACCCUCCUGGAAGACUGCUACGUCAUGAGAGAUCCGUUUACCUCUGACAAGGACAAAUUCCUUAUCCUUGGAUCGGAGUGCAGUUUGUGUAGAAAGCGCGUGUGCGUUGGCACGGACUGUAGUUUAUUCUACGCAAAACGAUUCUGCCUCCCCUGUACUAACUCGCACAUCGAGGAGUUUCCUUUGGAAAUAAAGCAAGACCUGGAGAAAAGAGCUGGUUCCAAAUCUCAGUCUUCACAGAAAAGAGAUUCCAAAGGUGCAAAGAAAAAAUAGGAUGGUUUUAACCAAAAGCAGAGCCUGACGGAGAGGGAGCCUUCUACAAGACAAAGGGGGGAAAUGCUGCUUGAAGCAGAGAGAGAUGGUUGAAAGCGGAACCUUGCCAUUUGCUCAAUGUGUUCCCAUCGACAGAAUCUCCUCAUCUCCGGUUCAAAAUCGGCAUCUGGAUUUGUGGCUGGAAGACUCUGGUCAGCAAUGGCAGUGUCGCUAUGUUGGUGUCCGAUGGGCCUUUCUGGUCGCACCUGUUCAAGGCCAGGCAUUUGUUGUAGGAGAAAUGUUUCUGAAAUACAAGACUUGUCCAACCAGCCAGCGGGCCAGAUCUUUUAUUUUUGUUUGGCCUUGUCAAAUGAACAGUUGUACUUCAUGGACCAUCCCAGCAGCGGGGAGAGUUUGUGUGAGUCACUACAGGGCACGCAUGCAUAAAAGCCACGCAUGCAAUUAACUCCUCUUGGUAUUUCUGGCUGGCUGUUUUCUUGGUCUCUCUGGCAUUGAAUUGGGACUUUCUACUGCAGUGAUUGUUUUGCAGUCAGCUCUCGGGCAGAGUCGGGCCUCCUUUCAGUGGUGGCACCAGAAUUGAGGAAUCUCCUAUUUGGAAAGAUCCUACUAGCUAAAAAUUCUCAUUUGCCAGGCUGACUCUGCUAUAAAUUUAAUGUUUAUGAACAUACCUGAGUGUAAAUCAUAAUUCUGCUAGCAGGAUUCUACCCCUAGAAACGCUGAACAGUGAACAUAUAUGCAUGCUCAGAAAUACUCUGGGUAGGCAAACUCCUGAACUGAGAUACUGACUAGAUGUUAAUAUCAGUCAAUUGAAAGUUAACAAUAAUUUCUGAGCAAACUAGUGUGGCACGUAUUAAGCCUAAUUCACUUUAUGAAGUUGCUACCCAAAUAACAAAUCGGAAUAUGCAUAUAUAUAUAUUUAAAACCCUCUUAAUUGAAACAGUCAUCAAUGAUUUCCUAUUGUGUUAAAAAGGUGAACUGUUGAGUGUCAACCGAUUCAUGGUGACCUCCCCGCCUGACACGAUUCUCAAAGCAACCAAUAAGCAGAGAUGCUUGGCCAUUGCCUUCCCAUUUUGUUACAAAAGACAAAUGGUACGUUGCAGCCUGUUUCAUUAAAAGUACACAAAACAAUUUUUAGAAAUACUUUAUUUGAACACGUUAAGGCAAAAAUCACAUUGUGAAAUUACCCCUCUUUGCAUACAUUCAUCAGUCUUACAGAUGCAUUUGAAGUGCACAGAAGUUCUAACAAGAUCCCAGAGUCAUUAAAUACAUCUCAUUAUUCAAUCCCUUAUUAUCUGAGCAGGAAAACUAAUGUGAAAUCGAAAGUUAGAAAAAUACAUUGUCAGUUAAUGGCCAUUAGAACAUGGAUAGAUCAGAUUAUUCUAUUAAAAAUGUUCUCAUCUGUAUGUUUUUUUGUUUUGCUUCGACAAUGAGAAAGAAGAGAGAUCAACUUUUACAUUUUUCUAGAAAUGCUAUGUUUACCUGAGCAGUUUCACCCUCAUGUUUGAACACUACUAAAUUCAGGUGCUGUUUUAAGAAAUGUAA